AUGGCUUCCAAGACCCUUUUCUCAUUCUUCCUAAUCAUGUUCUCUUCAUAUCUUCACAUUGGUUUGUGUGAUAAUCCUCCCACCAAUCUUGACCAGCUUUUGCCUGGUCUUGGACAAAUUUCAGUUCUACAAGAUGCACAAUGCAUGCAAAAAAUGCUUCCUUGUCAAGCAUAUUUGAGUGCUCCAAACAACCCUCCUCAGACUUGUUGUGAUCCCUUGAAGGAAAUGUAUGACAAUAAAACAGAUUGUUUAUGUAGUUUCCUUAACAACCCUCAGGUUCUUCAGUCUUUCAAGAUUACUAAGGAGGAUGCCUUGAAACUUCCUCAGGCAUGUGGUAUAACGGUUGAUGCUUCUCUUUGCAGCACAGGAUCCACAGGAGCAACCUCACAAUCCCCACAACCCUCAGAAGGUGAAGACGUAGCCAGUGCAGAUGAAAGUUCCAAGGAGGAAGAAUCAACAAGUUCAACAAAAAUGAUCACAGCAUAUGGAAUUGUUUAUUUUGGUGUUCCUGGCUUUGUUGCUUUGUUGAGUGCUCUUGUAUUUUCUACAUACUAA